AUGCCAUCCAGGGCCAGCAUCAGCAGGGACGACAGCCCGGGCCUCGGCAGUUCCGCCGCGGUCUUCGCGUCCGGCGGCCAGGCUCGCCUUGGCCCGUUCAUGACCGACAACGACUCGCAUGAACCUCUGGCCGGCAUGUGGCUGCAAGACGAACCCGGCAGCUGGCGUCGGUCCGAGAGGGUCAAUGCCGACUGGGCGGCCGAGAGCUGCGUUUCUCGGGGUACACGCUGCCCAUUUUCGAACGCCGAAAGUCGAUGA